CGUUUUUUGACUUUUUUGUUUACAGUGGUUUACACAAUCACAAUACUUUUGGUAAAAUCUAAAUUCAUGAAUCCAAACGCCAUCCUUUCCAAAUUAUUACCAUUUGAUUUCUAUUUUGACUUGCUUAGCCUCGUACAAAAUAGAACUUACGCAAAAUUAGACGGAGAAUUUGAUGCUUUGUAUAAGAUAACUUCGAGAACAAUUUCAAAAAUGUUUACUGUGAUAUCUAUGAGUCCUAAUGGACAAAGUAACCCUGAGGAAAUGAGGAGACGAAAGUAUUUACUAUACAGGGGUUCCGUUAUCUGCUUAGGAAUUUCCAAAUUUAUGGCAGCAAUUCUCUAUGUCAUACUGUAUUUACUGACACACAGCGUAAAACCAAAAGAGCAUAUUGAACACUUGUUGGGCCCUCUACAACUGUGCCUUCUAGUGGCCAUCGGUCCAUUCAUUGUGUUUGGAACCCUUCUGGUCAUUUCGUCACUAAAAGCUAUGAAAUUCCAUCAACUAACUUUGCUCUUGGCGAUAAUAUUUGCCAUUGUUUUGGGAAUAUACGACCUGUUUCUGGGAGGCUUCGGGGCUUAUAUAUACUUCAGUUCCAUAGCGUUUACAAGACACUUCAUCAUGUUCGUUGUGUUCAUUUGUCAAGCCACUAACAUAAUUUGUACAGCUAUCUACGACGUUCCACUUAUAAGAGCCUUUCGAUCAUUAAGAAAACAGGAGACACAACUCGUCUGAAACACUAUAUAAUUUAGUCAUAUUGGAAGAAGACUCUUUAUUGAUAAAUUAAAUAUACCUAGCUAUUUAGCUAAGAAUAAAUUGUUA